CCGUACUCUCCAAAAAGGGUUACCUUCUUCUUCUAGCUCACAGCACCACUCACCACCAUCCACACCUCUAACUUCUUCUAGAACUGCAAUCCCACUGUCCAGAAUGUCGGGAAAGAAGAUUGAACACCCUACGCCCGCCGAGGCUUUUGAAUUAGCUACCAAUCAUGCAGCUCUCCUUCGCGGCCUCUUUCUCCAUCCCGAAUUCAAGUACGCUCAGCCACCAACGGCAGAUUUCGUUAAACCCGAUACCGAAAAAACACCCCUCCCCUUACUCUUCGUCUCCGAAUCCGCCCAAAAGACCUAUGUCGAAUGCGUAAUCCCCUUCCUUCCUGCCGGUGCCACCCGCAAAUGCAAAGACAUCGGUAACCCCUGGGCCUGGAGCGAUCCGAACUACAAGUGGGAGUGGGAAUGGGAUGCACAAACCUCCACCUUGAAGGACUCAAACGGGAACGUCCAAGAGUUCCCUAAGCUUCCGGAAAAAGCGGCUUUCGAAAAGAUAAGCGACGUGUACACCAGAGGUUUUAUAGUCGGAAAGGGUAUCCUUGAGAACGAAACCGACAUGAAGGCCCGGUUGAUGAUCGGCGGCCAAACUUUUGAUUUUGGCCAGGAGGUGAGGGAUCUUACCAACAAGACUUAUAAAGUUUAAGUAGUCGGUUCCGUUACGCACCGAAACCCGAUUUUAUUCGAACAUUAGACGAUACUGCGGGAGUCACGAUAAAAAUAUCGGUCGGUGCUGUGUGUUGCCGACUCAUGCACAAAGGGACCUAACCCUGCACGAUAGGACCUUGAAAAUGGAUCAGGAUUUAUGCCAAAAUAGAAGACUGGAUAUGGCACGGGCUUUAAUGAGCAAUGACUAAAAAACGAAAACGAAAAAGAGGUCAGAAGAAAUGGCGGGCCCAUUCCUUCCAAUGUUAGGAAUUCACCAGUACGAUAA